AUGGCACAUUUUGGAAAACGCGAUGUUACCUACAGCGCUCUCAACAACGAAUUAACUCCGCCACUGGGUGGUCUGGCGGAGACCACGAAUGCAGCUCCAACUUUUAUAACACUGGACCACGAGCAUGAGGAUGCUAACAAUGUUAUCAUCCACAAAGUGCCCAAAAACAAAGGAGGAUGGACUCACAUAGAGGACCUAGACUCAUUUUUUACAAGAAUGUACAGAUACUAUGUUCGUGGUGGAUUUUAUCCGAUGAUAAUGUCCGACUUGUUUUAUUUGUUGCAAUUUAUUUUCAUAGUGUGGUUUUCCACAUUUUUGGUGUAUUGCGUAGAUUAUACAAAAUUAUUUAGGAAUGGCCCAGAUGCUAAUAGAAGUGAGAAAAUUAGUUUAAAUGAUGUUAUUCUUCCACCAGCCGUAUGUGUGAAGAGUGUAGCCUGGAAAUGGUGGUGUCUCGUCACACUGUGUGCUGUUAUUUGGCUGAUGAGGCUAAUUAUAUCAAUAUACCAUUUAUAUUACGCCUAUGAUACCAAAUUAUUUUAUAAUAAUGCAUUAAAAAUAAAAGAGAGUGAUUUAGUUUGGAUCAACUGGUCCACAAUUCAAGACAGAGUGAGAGAAGCCCAGCCAGAACACCACAUGUGUGUCCACAAACAAGAGAUCAACGAACUAGAUAUUUAUCAUCGAAUACUCAGGUUUACAAAUUAUAUGGUGGCAAUGGUGAAUAAAAAUCUACUUCCUCUGCAAAUACAUGUGCCUUGUAUUGGUGAUUUUCACUAUUUAUCCCGAGGGUUGAAAUGGAAUAUCGAGUUUUUAUUAUUUUAUAGUCCGUGGAGUCCAUGGGAAAACUGUUGGCAACUCCGUGCAUGUUAUAAAGAUCACUCAAAACGAAUGUUACUAGCACGACAGCUUGAGAGACAAAUAUUAUGGUUGGCGAUAGUAAACUUACUGCUCGCGCCUCUUAUACAAGCGUGGCAAAUACUAUACUUCUUCUUCAAUUAUGCCGAGUUAAUAAAACGUUCGCCAGCGUCGCUUGGUCUCCGAACGUGGUCGUUGUACGCUCGCAUCACACUGCGUCACUUCAACGAGCUGGAACAUGAACUACGCGACCGACUCAACAGAGCACACAAACCAGCUACUAAAUACCUUGGGAGCUUCUCAUCACCCAUCACCACUGUAAUAGCCAAGAACGUCGUGUUUCUAUCGGCGAGUAUCCUGGGCGUGCUAGUUGUGCUGUCGGUGUACGAUGAAGAUGUACUGACAGUGGAACAUGUGCUGAGUAUUAUCACCAUACUUGGCUGCGUUCUAGCUGCUGCCAGAGCUCUAAUUGGAGAGGAAGAACGGUUAGGUGGUGGGUGCACAGGUCCUGCUCGAGGUGAGGAACUGUUUGUCCAGGUCCUCGGUCACGUACACUAUCUCCCCGCCGCCUGGAGAGGACGCGCCCAUACCAAGGACGUCGCCGCUCACUUCCAACAACUCUUCCAGUUUAGAGCCGUAUACAUCUUCUUCGAGCUGCUGAGUCCGUUACUAUGCCCACUGAUAUUGUUCUCGCUUCGUUCCCGAGCUCUGGACAUCGUGGACUUUUACCGCAAUUUCACUGUUAGCGUACUUGGCAUUGGCGAUGUUUGUUCAUUCGCACAGCUGGACAUCCGACGACACGGUCACCCAGAUUGGCAUACACCCGGCAAAUUGAAAGGAGCCACAGCAAACGCGCAAUACGAUCAGGGCGAAGGUGGCAAGACGGAGCUCUCACUAGUAGCAUUCUCCUGCCGCCACCCUGGAUGGCAACCCACCGAGCCAUCGCAGCGUCAGUUCCUCAGGUCAUUGCGUCAGAGCAUGCACCAUGCUAUACCGGCCAAUAACCAUCUUAAUAAAACGAUGCUGGGCUCGUACAUUCAACAAAGUUUAUUUGGUGCUAUCACACCGUUGCCAGCAGUGCUCUCUUAUUACCCACAGCAGAAGCAGCCGUAUAGAUUGCCAGACAUGGACGAAACUAGUGAUGAAGACGAUGCUCCCCCCUCUGGUCCGACUCGCUCGGCCCAGUCUAACACUCCCCUCGGCCUGGCGGGAGUCAGCUCGGUACUAAGUACUAGUGUUCUUAGCACUGAAGCACCGAGGCAGCCUGGAGACGACACCCAGGACAUGUCUGUUAGCACGCUACAUCUGUACGAUCUGCAUCUGACUCAGGCGGGUCAGAACGUGUCGUGUUGUACGAACAAAUGCAGCGAGCGGCCGCGGACGGGGCGGUGGGACAGCGCGGAGGGCGAGGACACGCCGCUCCUCCACCGCCCAUAA